UUCUUCCCUCUUAUUCAUGCAACAUUCAUCCAUAAAACAAAUAUAACCAAAAUAGUUGACAAAAAAGAAAGAAAUUAAUAUGGAGGCCAUUUAUAAGCUAUGGAUUGUGAUCGUUUCACUCAUAGUGGUGAAGCUAUGCCAUUUGAUCUAUCAAUGGAGCAAUCCAAAGUGUAAUGAAAAACUUCCUCCAAGGUCGAUGGGUUUUCCAAUCAUUGGAGAAACUAUUGAGUUCAUGAAACCUCUUGAUGCUCUUCAGUAUUCAACUUUCCUCAAAAAGAGACUCUUGAGAUAUGGACCGCUUUUUCGGACAAGCUUAUUUGGAGGCAAAGUUAUAAUCUCAAUGGAUAAUGAACUGAAUUUGGAGAUGGCAAAGACAAAUCGUAUACCUGGUAUCACGAAGAGCUUAGCACGUCUAUUUCCAGAAGAUAACAAUUUAUUUUUGCAGAGCACAGAGUCUCAUAAACAUGCGAGGAACUUGACACUCCAACUAUUGGGUUCACAAGGUUUAAAAUUGAGGAUAUUGGCAGAUAUCGAUAUCUUGAUUCGUACAUACAUGGGUGAAGAAGCUAGGAAUGGAACUCUUGACGUUAAGGAAACAGCAAGCAAGAUCAUAAUUGAGUGCCUUGCAAAGAAAGUUAUGGGUGAGAUGGAACCAGAGGCGGCAAAACAACUUGCACUUUGUUGGAGAUAUUUUCCGAGUGGUUGGUUUCGGUUCCCUUUCAAUAUUCCUGGGAUUGGUGUCUAUAAUAUGAUGAAGGCAAGAAAAACGAUGAAGAAGUUACUAAAAGAGGAAGUGUUGAAGAAGAGAGCAUCAGGAGAGGAGUUCGGAGAAUUCUUUAAGAUCAUAUUUGGAGAAAACGAUAGAGGAAAGGAAAUAAUGAAUAUGGAUAAUGUGAUCGAGUACAUAUAUACUUUCUUUCUGAUUGCUAAUGAAACAACACCACGGAUUCUCGCGGUUACAAUUAAACUUAUAAGCGAAAAUCUUGAAGUCAUGCAAGAGCUUCAAAGAGAGCAUGCAAGAAUUGUUGGAGAUAAGAGUGCCAAGCAGUCCGGCCUAACAUGGGAAGACUAUAAAUCCAUGACUUUCACCAAUAUGGUGAUUAAUGAGUCUCUUAGGAUCUCAACCACAGUACCUGUAAUACUUAGGAAACCUGAUCAUGACAUCAAAGUAGGUGAUUAUACAAUUCCAGCGGGUUGGAACUUCAUGGGCUACCCAAGUGUCCAUUUUAAUCCAGAAAAGUACGAGGAUCCUUUAGUAUUUAAUCCAUGGCGUUGGAAGGGAAAAGAUGUGGAUGCGAUACUCUCGAAGAAUUACGUUCCGUUUGGUGCUGGUCCUAGACUCUGUGUAGGAGCUUACUUUGCUAAGAUGCUGAUGGCUAUAUUUAUCCACCAUUUGUGUAGUUAUAGGUGGUCAAUGAAGGCAGAGAUCACAGUAACUCGAAGUUAUAUGCUUAUGUUUCCUCAUGGAUGUGAUGUUCAAAUCUCCAGAGAGACUUAAGUAUAAAAUGUAUUAGAGUUGUUAUAUUUCGUUGGUGAUCAUUGGGCUAUAAUAUAAUAAUAAAAUAAUGGCAUAUAUAUAUUUAUAUAUGGAUA